GCCAGUAGCUCCCAGGCAGCGAAUCCGCGAGCAACCUCGCGGCUUCGGGUUCAGGGCUAAUCGCGAAACAUUAUCACACUCCGCAUAUAUUUAUAUAUAGAUAUAUAAAUAUGUAUAUGGACAUAAAUAUAUACAUAUAAAUGUAAUGUAUAUUGAAACGGGCUCUGACUUUAUCCAGUCUACCUAGCGCACAGUUUAAUCGGCCUGGCCUUCGGACGAAUACUAAAUCCCUGUCGAAGAAUUAAUCUGCAGAUCCAAGAGUAUCGUUGUCUCACUGAAACAUAUAGCGAAUCAGUUUGAACUGCGGGUCAGCGAACCUCCGUCAUCGUGGCAUCGGCAGCGGCAGCAGCAGCAGCAGCAGCAGCAACAGCAGUGGCUAUACGGAGACGGUUCUACACACCUUUAUAGCAACGUACACAGUGCAUCAAAAAUUUCUCUACCUACUGCAUUAUCCGUACGAGCUGACGAUCAUUAUCAAAGAGUCUGCCGUCUCUCCUUCGCAAUCCGCCUUUCUCGCGGACGCCCACCGAAACUAGCUCCGUUGCAUGGAGGAUUAAAAAAAAGCGUAAAACAGUUGGAACAAUUACAUCGGAUACGCUCUGAAAAUUGGAUCGCGGGAAACGCGAAUACGGGAAGGAAGCACACGACUCGGCUGUUUACGAAUACGAUUUUCAACGUUUUUGUACGAGGCUCAACAUCUGAUCGAGCGCCAUAUUUGAAAAAAGAAAAACAUGAGGGAGACGUCCGAGUUUUUGAGCGCCGCGACGACCUCUAAUCCACGCAGAUCGGCGAUACGAGCACUCGAACAUCGCGCAGUAAUAACCCUCGAGUUUAACCAAGCGAGAUUUAGCCCGAACGUGCGAUGGUGAGAGGAGCGACUCUGGCUCACAGAAGCGAAGAAAACAACGUUAUUUACGGAGGCUCCGUACACCAUCGCAUGGGCAUUAUCGUGCGCGGAUAGUUUUCGGUCGAAGAGCGCGAGCAGUGUUGUUUGUGUACAAUUGUGCCAGUGCGUAACUCCGAUGUGUCGUGCUUCGUCAGUGUGAUCGUGCGUCCUCAGAUAAGAUUUCGUUCGUGCGCGCUUGUGGUGAGGAAGAAAAAGAAGAAGAAGAAGAAGAAGAUAGAAAUAAGGUGAUUCGAAGACUAGUGUCGUCGUCGAGUCUCCAUUAGUUUUUUGUUCUACGAUUAUAUCAGGAUCGAGUUCAACUGGUAUCGGGCACCGACUGAAAGAGCUUAAAAUCGGGGUGGAUGGAGUGAUGAGCGGGGCCCCUGCAAGGGGCGCAGUGCCCCGUCGUCCACGACGCCAUCAUCAUCACCACCAUCACCAUCGUCAUCAUCAUCAUCGUCAGCAUCGACAUCACGAGCAUCACGAUAACAAUAAUGACGAGGACGAGCGACAGCUCGAAGCGGCCGGUAAUUACGGUGAAAAAGGUCAUUCCAAGGUCAACGAGAUAAAUCGACCGAAAGUUAAUCCGAUAUUUCUGUGGGCGCUGCAACGCGAACAGAGAAUAAUCCAAGUUCGCUGCGAGGAUUACGACAAGAGGAAUCGCAUUAAACUGACGAAAACGGCGCACGGCUGGCGCUCGAUACCACGCACAGCCUCCAACGUGUACACCAACGGACACCCCUGCGUCGAACGUAUAUGCGAAAGUCCGGCCGGUGUUACCUCACUCUCGUCGGUAAGUUCGUCGCCAAACUCCUCGAGAUGGUCACCCGCAACUAUUUCGUCCUCGAAUCACGCAGCUUGGUCCGUAUCGUCGGCGAGAAGCGGCAGCAGCAGUCGGAGCAGCAGCCAUCUAGCGGCGAUCUCGUCACCGAGCCAAGAGGGCGGCGAGACGAGUCGAGAGGUCGGCCUCGGCGACGCCUCAUCCGUUGCCUCAAGAUCCCGAACCCAGAGCGACGGCGAAUCGAUCAACGAUUUCGAUUAUGCCUGUCCGCGUAGCGCCGCCAAGCUCCGGCGCAUUGGCAAAGACGUGCGCAAGAGGCGCCGUCGGGACGCCAUUUGUACAGCCCGAUCGGAGAAAACGCGAAAAGCUUUAAACAACACUGCGGAAACGCGGGACUGCCUUUUGUUGAGUACGUGGAACGAGGAAACGGAAAGUAAUAAAAAUAAUGAUGAAAACUCGACGGAUCGGGUGACCGGGCUCGGGGACGUCGGCCUCGAGAACACCAGCGCUCCGAGAACCAAUGAAACGCGAAAGAAACGUAAACACGAGAGGAACCUCGAAGCCGAGAAACGCAAGAGGCGACGGAGGAAUUCGGAGGGCCUCGAUUCGUCGGCUGGCUUGUCGGUAAUGAGCUCCCCAAGAUCCUGGGAACGACUGAUGAACGGCACCAGGUUCCUCCACAGCGGACCCGUCGCCGAUCGGUCCCGGCCAGCGCGGCAACGCGACUCGGAAGACGACGACGACGCUGUCAACGAGGACGAAGAACGAGGGAGCCGAGAUUACGAGAAACCCGACGAGUCAACGAUACGCGUGAAUAAUUUUGGAACGAUAGACCUGGAGAGAGCGAGGAAGGAUCAACACCUGCAGCCAAGGGUCGUACUGGAACAGUUGAGACUUUCCGGAACGUCGGACACCGUCGCGCGCAAACCGGCCAACAACUCUUACGAGAAUUAUGCAGAAAGAGAAGCGGAGCAGGAGAAGGAAAUUCGAGAUGAAGCGCGGGAAGGGAAGGAGCGGGAGGCCGACGACUCGGACAAGUCCCACCGCCUCGGCGAGUUCGAUUCCAAAGAAAGGGGACGAAAGAAGACUGUAUCAAUGUCCGACAAGUCGGAAAUUCGUGAUAUUCUUAGUAUGCUAGAUUCCACGGGUUCGCCGGUCCUAGCGACCGACACUCCCACAGCACAUCUACCGAGUUCCCUCGAUUCAACGAAAACCAAUAUUUCCAGCUGCUACGAAAAUCGUGACUGCGCUAAACAGUCGGUUAAUCCGGGACGCGAGGAGCCGGACAAGAACCGUUUGCCGCCCGCUUCGUCGCCGAUAAUCGGAAGAACGUCGACGAAGAGCUCGAUCUCGGAUAUCUCGAGUGGGCGCUCGUCGGAGCACGCGAGUAGGGAUCCGGUGUCGCGUUUGACGACGAGGAAUCUCGUCGGUGGGAAGCGAAGCGAUUCGCCUUCCGCCGAGCGAGAGCGAGUCGUCAACGGUAAGACACACCGAAGAGGAAACAUCGGGGAGACCGUUGACUCGGGAUUUUCGGAACUUGGCACGAGCUCGGAGAUACUCGAGGCAUUGAGAAGCACUCCGGGACUGUCGGUGUCCGUCACGACGAGGCCGAAUCCCAGCGAGCCACGUCACGAGUCUACCGAGAACGUAGCUCGGAAUCCGUACAAACGUCCAGCCUCCGCCGUCUAUCUCGAUAAACUUUUGCCAAACUCGCCUCAACAGAGCCGACAAUCGGCUCCGCCCACGCCUUGCUUCGCCAAUUCAGAGGUGACGUGUUCUCAAGAGCCCGGUAAUGAACUCACCCUCGAAGCUAUUCUCGCGACGCCGGGAGCGCGAUCCUCCGAGAAGCUUAGCGGACCGGGGCUGGCUGCGAUUGUAAAUCGACUGUCGAGCCGUCCUAAACAAGCGCACAGCGUUCCGGACUACGCUGGAAAAAGAUUGGACCAAAGGACGAAGGAUGCGCGACUGGAUUGUCCGCCCGGUGAAACGGCCAACCGCGAAAGGAGCGAUAAGCAGAACCCGGGCAACGGAGACAUCGCGAGAACGUCCAGGCCGCUGGAGAAGCGGUUGCAGCCUCCCCCGCGUCAUCGGAGCCAGCAGCCCCGUCACAAUUACAGGAGUGCCAACCGGACUAACCCCUUAAGGAUCGUUCCACCGGCGAAACAGUUGCGCCAUCUAAUGGACAAUUCAAAAAUCCCAAUACCCGAUCCCCUCCUGGUGCCGCGUGACCGUUUGCCCGCCCUGGCCGCGGCUCCAGCGAUCGAAAUUCCGAAACUCCUCGCCGCCAGGCCAGAGCUCAGGCUACCCGAAGCUCUGACGAGGCCGGAUCUGCUCAGGGACCCGGACCUUCUCGUCAUAUCUUUGGCCCAUCUCCAGCAAGUCCUUGACCAGGGGGACGGUUCCGUCUGCGAAUACACGUACCGGCCACCGCACCCGACGGCCUUCGGUGACGAGGACGAGGAAGAGUUCGGCGAAGAGGACGAAUUGAUCGAGCGGGAGGACGUCGACGAAGAGGAAGAGGAGGAGGACGACGGUGUCGAGGACUUGGAGGAAGAAGAAGAUCAGGACGUUCCGGAACAGAGCCUCAGCCUCUACCGCAGCGAGUCCAUCGACGCGGCGAGAGUUCGCGGCCUCGCCGAUGGAAAACCAAGGAAUCAACGACGACCGCCCAAAUUAAUUAGCUGUAAGCCCAUAGGUAGCCUCAUGCCAGGGCCCAUAGAUCUCUCCCGAAACUGCAGCAUCCGUUCGACUCAUCCCAACCGAUCUGGACCUACGUUCGCACCUGGAUUCCGUCAAUCGGACGCACCGACGACCCAGUUACCACCCCCGCCAUUGCUCAGGGUACGCAGCGGCUUGCUGAAACAGGAGUCCGAAGUUUCUUCUACCGAGAUUCCCUCGCCCUGCGUUCAGGAUGAUUCGCAUCUGUGGCAUCCGCUCUUCGGAAGUCAGAAAAGACAAAUGCAACAACACCAACGCCAACAGCAGCAACAGCCGGCGCCUCAGGCGCAGCAGCAGCAACAACAGAGCCACCGAACACCCUGGCACAGGACAACACUCGCAUCUUGACCUUCGCACAUGAUCGAUCUUGACUAAGAGACUUUCUUCUUUCGGCGUGAUUGAAAAAACGAAAAAUCGUUGUUUUUCCCAGCACGCGUGUUAUCGAGGAAAGUUUUCACUUACGCAAUAGCCUCGCGUAUCUAAAUAUAUACAGAAAUCCAAUCCCCUCCCCCAGGCUCGUCAAUAAUUAAUCGUAUCGUACGCAUUAGACAUGUGCGGUAUUGAAAAAUUGGAAAAUUACUAUCUUCCAUAUGUUUUUAUGAUACCCGUGAAUAAGAGAGGUUUGUGAUUCUCGUGUACGGAGGAAAAAACGUCUCGGCAGGGAGGAGAACUGUCUCUGUUGAAAAUAUUUGUUUAACCUCGUUGUUUUUAUUUUUAACGAGCUUCGUCGUUGGAACUCGUGUCGGGACUCUAGUGCAAUAAAAAAUAAAGAAGCGUGGGGGGCGCCGCGAGCUGCAUGGAAGCAUUUGGCGAUUUUACACACGAAAUUCGGUGAAUCGCAAGCACGACGAAAAAUCGAACGAAUGAAUACAUCUAUUUUUUUAACGAACCCCCGCUUCGAUUGUGAAAUGAAAUAUUAUUGAGACUCGAGAGACUAAAUAUACUGAGCGCAUAACCUCUCUGUUUUCGAGCGUUGCUAUCUCAAGAUUUGAACCUCUCGAAUAUUUGACCGAUAACGUCUAAUCCGAAAAAAAAGCGUAGCUGCGAUGUUUCCCUUGCCGUGAAAAACAUGCUUUCGUUUUUAUUAUUUAUUCGGUAACAAAAAACUCGCGUGCGGCAUUUGUAGUUUGUUGACACUGACUGUAUCGCCAAAGCUUCUUACAGCGCUCGAGAAGAGGGCGGCACAGCAGCUGUGUAUCAACGAAAAAGAACGAGAAGAAAGAGAGCGAGAGAAAAAAUAUGCUCGCGCGCGCGUUACGUGAUUAUUAACACACUCGUGCGUGUUUCACAUGUCUUCAUACCAAGCAAAGAAAGAGCGCUGUUUCCUCGUCCCUCGGAUUGUUCGGGCAAUUUCGAGGCUUUGGAUCACCGCAAAAUCGAGCGAAUAAUAGGGAGAGAAAAAAUGAUAGUUUGUGCAUGGUCGCGUGGGCAAGUAAACGAGCAAAGUGUAUCGAUUACAGUAUCGCUAUUGACCGAUCGCAGAAGAAGCCCCCUGCGAGCACCUCUUCCUCUUCGAAGGGUUCAAAUCCUCUGAUCCGUUUUCCUCUUUCAUUUCUUAUCAUCACAAAAACUUGUCUCAUAACACGUUGCUCUUCGUCCCGGAGACUAACCGCUUUAAGUCCCAGAAGAAUGAAAAAACAAAAUAGAACCGGGGUAUGUGCAACACUUGUUUAAAUUAUACAAUCAUUAUUAUUAUUAUUAUUAUUAUCAUUAUCAUCAUCACAAAUAACAGACACCGCGAAUCGCGUUGCACGAAAAAUUGAGAGACUUGUGGCUAUGCAUUUGUAAUUUAGGUGCUAUUCGUUGGUAGUUUCAAAACAAAAAUAAUUAAAUAGUUGACUAUAAGAAAAUUCCACACCCCGUGCUAGAUGAGAUAAAUUGAAGAGAAAAAAAAUGAAAUAAUUAAAAUGUAAAUUCGCGGGUGUCGUCGUCCCCCCGUGCGCGUGUGCGGCAACGGGAAUAAAUCGUUGUAGAUAGACUUCACGAUAGCUAGGCAAAAUGUUUUAUAUUUAUAUACCUUGCAUUAAAUAUAUAUAUACGUAUAUAUGUAUAUAGAAAUAUAUAUGUAUGUAUGUAUAUUUUGAUUAUCAUUAAUAUCAAUUAUUAAUUUGAGUAAUAAAAGAUUUAGGAAGAGUAGCAGUUGGUAGAUGUUAUGUAAUAAUCUCAUUAUGACGUCUGUGACUAAAUAGCUGUCUAACAGCUGGAAAAAUAUAAAAUCGCGAGAGAGUUAUUUGCUCGGGGCAUUUCGCGUUGAUCCUCGCUCGCGUUGCGUCGUCAUUUUUUCAAACUUGACCAUAUUUUUUUUUUUUUUUUUUUUUUUUAUUUCACCAUUCGGCGCUUGAAAUAAAAGAAAAUAAAAAAUAAACAAAGAAAUGGAAACACAUUCGUUUGAUUUUCGGGAUAUAUCGCGAUAUCAUUGAAUAACUGCGCGUGACAUCGUUGAAAAUAAAAUGCCACGUUUAUAUUUAUACCCACAGAAUCCACGUACACACCGAUACUUUUGGACUCGUCUGUACUUGAUAUAACGCUAAUAAUCAUAUAACCGUCAGCGACCAUCGCACACCGAUCACGAACGCGUGAAAAUACGCGUUUUGUAUUUUUCGAGACUUAACCCAUUGCCCAUAUAAGAGGAAUUAAAUGACAAAAUAGAACAACAGAUGGAGCUUCAAGACAUCGGAAAACCGAACCGUGUUGUACGUCGUCGGAACUAUAGAAACAAAACAAAAUGUAUAUCUUUUCUCAACCAUAUAAAAUCAAAGCGUUUUUUUGUCGACUGUAUUGUAUAGAUGCUAUAAUCCUAUACAUCUUAUAUAUAUAUGUAUAUACUUAUUAAAACGUAUAUAUAUAUAUAUGUGUAUAUCACGAACUUAUAUGAAAUAUUCUGUAAAUAUACGAAAGACAGAUGCAGUGAAAUCAAUGACGAUUUUAGAAAAUAACGAGAAUUCUUUAUUCACACGUUGUGACUUUUCUUCAGGGACCAUUCCAUUGCUGUUAUAUAUUCCUGCAUGAUUUCUUUUUUUACACUUUUCAUCCCACUCCUUUCACAAACUUUGACAACUAUAUUUUAAAUUGUAGUUGAGCUGGACAUUAAUGUGAAAAUUAAUAAAUUUAUUAUAUCACGUCUAUUUAAAAAAGGAA